AACCAGUUUUGUUACUCUUAUCUGCUGUGCAAGACCGUUCGUUUGUGGUGACCGAAGAUGAAGUACACACAGUCAUUAGGUUUUAUAAUGGGAGUUGUUCUGCUGGCCAGUGGUUGUUUCGCGAAACCAAGCUCUCGCGUUACAGUCAUGGAAAAUGAAAAAGUUAUGGAUUCUGAUAACCAGUUCAUUCUACGCUGGACAGUGCUUGAAGGUACAGGCGACAUUGAAAUAGAAAUGCAAGUGAAUUGCACUGGCUGGUUGGGAAUUAGUUUUGCUGAGGGUCAGAUCGGUACGCCCGGCUCAUACAGCGAUGUUAUUAUGGGUGGAUUUAAUGACGACCUUCAGAUGGGCUACAUCGAGGACAGACACAUUUAUCUGGAAAAUCCUGAUCCAGCUAAUGGACAUCUUUUUGAUGAUAGCAACGAUAUUUUACUGAAAAGCGCUACCUAUGAAGAGCCAUGGACUAUUAUUCGCAUUGCACGAAGCCUCAAUACUGGUGAUUCCCAAGAUAUUGCUAUUGUGCCUGGACCUAUGACAGUCGGCUGGACUUAUUCUUCCACCGAUGACACGUCUCUUGGUCAUGACGUAGCUGGCAUCAGUCGAGUUACCUUUAUUCCUGUUUAACAGGUGGAUAAACUUCUAGCUAAACAACUGUGUGAUUUUCCCGCAUUCAUGUUUAACGUUUCUUAGCAUAAAUAUAAAACAAACGGAUUUGAAAACCA